AUGGAUAAAAACAAAUCAAAGAGAUCUCUAUCAAAGAAAAAUAUUGUCGCGUAAAAUAACAUACCACUUCUCUAGCCAGUUUAAGAUGAUGACUAUUUCUAAGUUUAAAGAGUAGUCAAGCAUAUUUAGCCUCCCAAGCCAGAGACUGCUCCUAAUAAAAUUUUGGCCUCUCUAUUUUCAUCUCCUCAAAUUGAUAAAAUUUCAGUAUCAUGGAUAAGAGAAAGAGCCAUUAAUUUCAUGAAAGUGCUAGGAAAGAGAAGGAUUAAUAUGAUUAUGUUAAGAAGUUUGUCCUUUAGAGGUAUCCCACAAGAAAUACCAGGACUAAGACCGAUUGUUUGGAAAGUAUUGCUAGGAUACUUACCUAGAGAAACUAGCAAAUGGGAACUAUUCUUAAAAAAUCAGAAAUAAAUAUAUGAAGAUUGGAGGAAAGAACUUAUUGUUGAGCCUCAUCUUGUAGAUUCUUAGAAUUUUUUAGAUCAUCCACUAAGCAUUAAUAAGGAAUCUAAAUGGAGUAAGUUCUUUAAUGAUUAAGAGUUAUGGGAGGAGAUUGAAAAAGAUGUUCGUAGGACUCGCUCAGACAUGACAUUCUUCAUUGAGGCAGUUCAAGACAAUUAUAAUCACUUAAAAGAUCAGCUUAAAAAGUAAGCAGAAGUUAAGAAAAGCCAUCUGCAUGGAGAAAUUAGAUUUAACUACAUUGAGACACAUUCUGAUGUACUUGCUCGAAUCUUAUUCAUUUAUGCUAAACUCAACCCAGGUGUAAAGUACGUCUAGGGUAUGAAUGAAAUUUUAGCUAUCUUGUACUAUUGCUUCUGGUAGAGUGACGAAACUUUAACUGAAUACUUUGAGAGUGACUUAUUCUUCUGCUUCACUAAUUUAAUGGCAGAGAUAAGAGAUGGGUUUCUUCGUACCAUGGAUUCAGAGAAUACAGGAAUCAAUGGGAAGAUAAGAAUUUUUGCUGAGCUUAUGCAAAAAGUUGAUCCAGAGUUGCACAAUCAUCUAACUGAGUAAACUGUUAAUCCCUAGUUUUACUCUUUGAGAUGGCUCAUGCUAUUGUUGAGUUAAGAAUUCGAAAUACAUAAUGUUAUAAGACUAUGGGAUACUCUACUUGCAGAUAAUGAAAGAUUUUGGUUUUUAAAUUAUGUUUGCGUUGCAAUGGUUUAGAUUAAGAGAGAAGCUAUUUUAGCAGGUGAUUUUUCUGAAUGUAUGGAAGCAUUAUAAAGACAAAGUUAAGAAUCAGAUCCCAAAAAGAUUCGAUAAUUACUUGAUUAAGCUAAGAAAAUCUGCUAGAUUCAUACUAGAAAGUAUGACAAUUAUAUAGAUAACAAUGGUUAGACAUUUCUAUGA